AUGCCGUCUUCCUCCUCGGUGCCUCCUUCCGAGACGCUCUUCAAGUCCUCUCUGCGAGAUUCUGCUCGCACCCGGCCUGGCCCCUCCUCGACGGCAGGCAGCAAUGCGGACCAAUGGCCCCCCUCUAUGAAUGCCUCACACCUUGACCCCUCACAAUGGGCCUACCUCGCCGAAGGGGGCAAGAAUCUCCUACUACGCUUCGAUGGAGAUCUCCAAGCGGGGAAAGAGGCGGGGUGGGUAAAUGCAAAUGGGAGUAGGGCAUUGGCGCUGCGACUCGUCAAGUCUGAGCGAGAGCAAGGGGCAAGCUCCUCCUCCUUCUCUUCUACUUCGGGCUCUGCGGACUCACUACCGCCUCGACCGAACUUUGAGGCGUCAGUCAUUGCUCCGCUCCUGGGAAAGGAGCACAUCCUCCCGCCGACGGCGCGCAUCUCCCUCGAGGGUGAACAAAUGGGAGCAGGCAGCCUCUUCCUGGAGAAGGUAGCGGCGAGGAUCGAGCUUGCUCGCCCGGCAGAGCGACGUAGGGUCGCCGGUGUGGACCUUGAGGCGGGCUUCGUGGACAUGGUGGAGGAUCUGACGUGGACUGCACCCGGGGAUGAGGUGCUUGCCGUGGAGAUUAAGCCAAAGUGGCUCUUCCCCACUGGCAAGUACUCGCGCUACAAGAAGCAUCGCGUCCUCAAGUCCCAGGGUCAGCUCACGCUCGAGCAAUGGAACGCCCUGUAUGACCCUCUGGACCUCGUCUCUGGUGAUGCGGAGAGGAUACACAAGGCUACUGAGGCGUUGGUGCAGGAUUGGGAGAGUGGAGGCAACAACUUGCGAGUGUUCAUGGGCGGACAGGCGGUGAGGGAUGCGAAGUCCAAUGAUCUACAGCGGCUCCUCUCACGGCUGUUCCCCCAGUCCAACCCCACCCAUACUUCCAGCAGCCAAAUUCUUGUUUCUCUCCUAAAGGACAUACUCUCCACCUCGGAUACGCAAGCUGUCCUACAGAGAUUGGCGCAUCUGCAGUCCAGCCUUGCACCACUGGAUAUUCAGACCCUCUCGACCUGGUGGAGAGCACAGACGGGCGGUCAAGCUCUCGGACAGGAAGGAGACGGCAGCAACUCUUCCUCAUCUCCUCUCUCAGCUCCUCCGAGCCUCGAAGAGUACCGAGAAUUCGCCCAGGACUGGUUGAAACUUCAACCUCGCUCUGACGCCGAGGACGAUGGGCAGCAAGAGCCGACUUCCUCCUCCUCCUCGUCGGUCGCACUCACGCUCCGCCAGGCCGUCCUCGGAACCCUCCUCUCUGCGACCUUCAAGGACUGUUCCCUCUUCCUGCGUCUAGGCCCAGAGCAAGAGGAUAUGACACCCAGCACUAGUACUGCCCCUGUUUCGACUUCGACUGCGGGCGGCGCUGUGGAGAAUGAGCCCAGGCAGGAGCUGCAGACGCAGUCCCUCACCUCUGUCACGGAAAACUCUUCUGCUCCUGCUGCUUCUUCUAGCACCACAAAUUCGCUUGCCGCCUCGCUCUCCGCAUCGGCCUCCGCAUUGCUGGGUGGGUCUUCCUCCUACCUGGACCCGAAGCUCGUUGGACCCCAUGUUGGGGAACGCAACACCCCUCGGGAAGAGAGUGAAGGCAGCGGACGGCAGACGGGUGCAGCAGCGACAGUGGGCCAUAUGCUGCGCAUCAUCGAUGUCGAUGCCAAGCCGUUGCGAAAGUUGAACUACUGGCUCGAGCUUGAGGGGCAGCUGGAGGAGGCUUUUGAGCUUUGGAAGGACAGGGUAGGGUUGCCUGAGACGGAAUGA